AUGGAGAAGGAAAACCGAAAAGGGAAAACGCAGGACGUGGCGCCGCCGCCUGAAUUUCGCGUAGAUGGAAGCGUCGCAGAUGACAGUUCGCGUCGUGAUGCCUCGGUGUCACAGGGGGCGAGUGAGGAGCAGCCGGCACAACCGAGCGACGAUGAGCUCCUGCAUGAGGUGCUGGCGAUGAACACGCUUGCAAUGCAGCGGUGCAAUACGGAGGCAUUGGAGUAUGCCACCACUAUUCUUAGCGAUGCGUACAUGAAACUGCACAACCACGUGUCCAGCGGCGAUGAACGGCUAAUGGACACACUGCGCUCCACGACACUUAACAACCUCGGUGUUGUCGAGUGUCACCGUGGUCAGCAUCGCCAGGCACUCAGUCACUUUGAGGCAGCGCGACAGUUGGAGGAGAAAUGGGGCUCGGCCUCACCAUCUGUUGCGCUCAACACCUGUGCUGCAUACAACGCACUGGGAAUGUACGAUAAGGCGACAGCCGCCGCGAUAGAGACCAUCGACAUGCUGCGCACUUUGACGAUCCAAGAGGAAAAAGGAAAAACGUCCACACCUCCGGUUGCUGAAGGCGGCAGCUACUCGCUGCAAGGGACCGGAAUUGAGGUCGCCAAGUCUGAAAACAAGGCGCUUUGGGGUGCCGCCUGGCACAAUCUGGCCGUUGCGCAAAUCAACACGGCGAAGUUAACUAAGCAUCCCACUGAGCACUGCAAUGCUGCAGUCCUCUUUCAAAAUGCGAUGCGUGCAACGCAUGAGCUUCUUGGCAAUGACCACCCCAUGACAAAAAGCGUAACCGAGACAUACCGCGCUGUGCGGGACGUCCUACGCUCUUACGGUGUCUACAAACAACACCACACGAUGCUCACCGUGCCACCGCGACCGGUUGAUCCUCGUGAUGAGGAGGACGAUAUGGAGAGAUACCUGCAGCAGUGUGCCGGCAAAUCAAGACGUCGUGCGAAGGACAAGUUUCACCGUGACCUCACCAUCACGUUCUGCGGGGAGGCCACUAAUGGAGUGAAGUUGACGGAGCGCCUGGACCCCACGCCAUACCCCGGCGCCGUAGAUGUAAUUUUCCGUGACAAGAGUAGAAAAAAGAUGCCGCGUGUGUUGCGCGGUAUGACGCUGAGCGGAACUCUCCUGAGGGCUGGGCAGCUCUACGGCAACCCGCACCCACUCCUGUAUUCACUGCCGCCCAACUACGACCCAAUGGAUCCGUCAAACCCGGAUGAUGGCUGCAACUUGGGAAGCAACCCUUACGUGGGGAUGACAUCCAAUUCUCGAGCACCCGCACCUUGGAAGGAUUCCCCUUCCAAACAGCGGAAGAAAAACACCACCGCGAGAUCUGCGUUGUCCACUCAAUUCCAUUCGGAUCCCAAUUUUCAGAGGAUACCGCCUUCAUUGACUCACCAACAAUCCACGAGCAAUUACCACGAAAUUCUUUCAGUACAACAGCAGCCCCCAUCCAGCUACAACCCGGUACAGGAGGCUUACAGGUCGAUGCCAUCCAGUUCCAAGUCUAAACCUGACAGCUACAACCAGACUCCAUCCAGCUACAACCCGACGCAGGAGGCUUAUAGGUCGAUGCCAUCCAGUUCCAAGCCGAGGCCGGACAGCCACAACCAGGCUCCAGGAGCUUAUACGCCGACACCGAACAUUCAGCAACAAUCACCGUCAACCCACCAGCAGGCACCGUCUAGCUCUCAACCAAAGUCGGCGGGUGGAGGAAGCGGCAAAAAGGCUCGGAGAUCGACUCCAGGAAGGAUCACCCCACCCAGCAAGGCACGCCCAGAGUCCAGGGAGCUAGCCCGGGGCCAAAAGGCAUCCCCAAAACUUCCGCCCCUGGGGAAAGCACCGGCGCGAAAUGGUCCUGCUUCAGGGUCCUCGGUAAGGACCCGUGACGACGGUAAAAAUGUAAACGCUCAAAUUCACGGUGCGUACAAGUUGGGUACGCCAACGGCAGAGCCUACGUACGAGCAAGUGAAGUACAUUUUGUUGGCCGAACCUCAGGAGAACCAGCGGCAGCAACGUGGGGGAGCGGGGAAAUACCUGGUUGAUGAUCCGACAGGACAAAUUUCUCUUUUGGGCGAUGCUGAACGGCAUAAAGCGGGCAGUGGGUGCUUCUCAGAGGCGGAUGGCAAGAAGAACCACCCACUCUUUGAUGCAAUGUGGGUGGCAGCCCAGAGGCCCAUGGAUGCCAGCGAGACCCGGGCAGUUGGGCGGCCCAGCUACUACGUUUCCUCCGUCCUUGACAUCUCAAAGGAUUCGGUGCGCUUGCCAGAGGAGGCUUUGCAGAUGAUGUUGUCAAGUACUUCUUCUUCCGAAGAUGAAACCGCACCCAUGCCAGUUCCCCGCAUCAUGUGA